AUGCCGGAAAAGAAGGUGCCUAGUUACGCCCCGAAUCAAUCACUCUACAUCACCAAUCUCCCAUCCUCCAAAAUUCAGAAAGAAGAUCUGCGAAGGGAGCUCUACACCCUCUUCUGCACCUAUGGCCCCGUCCUCGAUGUAGUGGCCCUCCGGACCAUGAAAAUGCGCGGCCAAGCACAUAUUGUGUAUCGAGAUAUCCAAACCGCGACGCAGGCUAUGAGGGCCCUUCAAGGGUUCGAGUUCUAUGGUCGAGAAAUGGAAAUACAAUAUGCCAAAUCGAAGUCUGACAGCAUUGCGAGGUUGGACGGUACCUUCCACAUGCCAGCUGCUGCAGCUGGUGCUGUCACCGCCACAGAACUGCAACAGAGCAUUUUCAAUGCACCUCCGUCUGCCCUUACGGCAUCCUCGACUGGCGGUACACUAAAGCCCCCAGGUGGCGCUGAUCAUGCUAUGGAAGAUGCGAGAAGUCCAACGACAAGUGUAGCCGGCCAGAAGAGAAGGAGAGAUGAAGAAGAGGAAGCCGAUGAGGACGAAGAAGAUGUUGCAAUGGAGGAAGACAGUGAUGAUGAAUAA